GAGUGCCCCGGGCGCACGGCGGAGGUUGGAGGGCUGGGCACACUGGAGGGUUCUGAGCACUCACGCGCCGGGCGCUUUCCUCUCCGCAGCUCCCCGGGAUGCGGUAGCGGCCGCUGUGCGGAGGCCGCGAAGCAGCUGCAGCCACCGCCGCGCAGAUCCACGCUGGCUCCGUGCGCCAUGGUCACCCACAGCAAGUUUCCCGCCGCCGGGAUGAGCCGCCCCCUGGACACCAGCCUGCGCCUCAAGACCUUCAGCUCCAAGAGCGAGUACCAGCUGGUGGUGAACGCCGUGCGUAAGCUGCAGGAGAGCGGAUUUUACUGGAGCGCAGUGACCGGCGGCGAGGCGAACCUGCUGCUCAGCGCCGAGCCCGCGGGCACCUUCCUUAUCCGCGACAGCUCGGACCAGCGCCACUUCUUCACGCUGAGCGUCAAGACCCAGUCGGGGACCAAGAACCUACGUAUCCAGUGCGAGGGGGGCAGCUUUUCGCUGCAGAGUGACCCCCGGAGCACGCAGCCAGUACCCCGUUUCGACUGUGUACUCAAGCUGGUGCACCACUACAUGCCGCCCCCGGGCGCCCCCUCCUUCUCCUUGCCACCCACGGAACCCUCCUCCGAGGUGCCGGAGCAGCCACCUGCCCAGGCGCUCCCCGGGAGUACCCCCAAGAGAGCUUACUACAUCUAUUCCGGGGGCGAGAAGAUUCCGCUGGUACUGAGCCGACCUCUCUCUUCCAACGUGGCCACUCUCCAGCAUCUCUGCAGGAAGACCGUCAACGGCCACCUGGACUCCUAUGAGAAAGUGACCCAGCUGCCUGGACCCAUUCGGGAGUUCCUGGACCAGUACGAUGCUCCACUUUAAAGAGCGAAGGGGUCAGAGGAGGGCCUGGGUCGGUCGCCUCUCCUCCGCGGCACACGGCACAAGCACAAGAAUCCAGCCCCAAUGCUCGGUAGCUCCCAGUGAGUCAGGGGCAGGUAGGCUUCUUCCUCAGGCCCCGGCUUUGCAAAGUGGGGCAGACAGGACCUGGAAUGUGUGAGGGGAGGGGAAGUUGCCACCUGCUUUCCCACCCUCCAGCUCCUCUCAAGAGGAUCCAUUGACAAGUGACUCUCCUCACCUCCUCCCUUCCUCCACACCCCCUCUGCUUCCCGGGGAGCAGAGGGCGGGAGGGAGGACACCUCCAGUGUUGAACUAAAGAGAGCUGCAGGGGAGUCUUCGAACUUUCCCACGGAACUUGUUUGCCCUUGGAUUUGGCUGAAUCCUGAGCAGACGCCAGGCCCGGGGGAAAGAUGGAAGAGAAGAGGGCGUGCAGGGCUGCAGGCUGGCCAAAGAAAUGAGCACUCCCACGACCCAGCCUAGGUGAGGAGCGGUGGCUCCCGGCACAGGGAGAGAGGCAAGGGGUGACCUGGAGAGAGCCAUUCUGGUGCCAGGCUCCUCUCCCUUGGGGCAGCUAGUGAAACCUCCCAGAGCCCUCCCGGAUGCAAAGAGUCGAUGGCAUGUGGGAGGGAGACGGAUGGGGCUGGUCAGCUGGCCACCUUUUCCAACACCAGAGGGAGGCAGAUGAACAGAUGAGCCGUCUUGGAGCCCAGGUUUCCUUAGAGAAGAUGGGGGACUCUUUGUUUCUCCUAUGUCAGGCUGGGAGACUUGCCUUAAAUGCCCUCUGUCCCAUGGAUAGGGAUUGGCACAUGAGGAGCCAAUCACAGCCAACAGGCGGAGGAGCUGAGGGAUUCUCCAGUGGCUGCAGGUCAGGGGAAGUGGGUGCAAGGAGGAGACCCUGUGUGAUCACUGGGAAGAAGUUGGCCAGUCCUAGGCACCUCUUGGCCAGCGGAAUCAGCAGGUCCCAGGGCCCUCCAGGUCCUGCACAGCCCCCUUUCUCACCUGGGUGGGGGGAGGCAGGAGGUGACGGAGAAACCUUCAUCUGCCACUCAGCAGUGGCCACUCACAGGAAUGCAGCAGCCAUGGAAUUACCUGGAACUGGUCUUGUUUAGGGGAGAAACAACCAAGUUUUCUGAGUCAGGUAUGGGGCUGGGUGGGGCAGCUGUGUGUUGGGGUGGCUUUUUCUCUCUGUGUUGUUUUGAAUAAUGUUUACAAUUUGCCUCAAUCACUUUUAUAAAGAUCCACCUCCAGUCCGCUCCUCUCCCCAUUCAGGCCUUCGAGGCUGUUUGAAGAUGCUUGAAAAACUCAACCAAAUCCCAGUUCAACUCAGACUUUGCACAUAUAUUUAUAUUUAUACUCAGAAAAGAAACAUUUCAGUAAUUUAUAAUA